AACACCCCACUCGAACAGCGAUUGGUUUCAGUUUCGUAUCCGUCAACGCACCGGUAAGAUCGGCCGGCCUGAGAAAGGGCACGUAAGGUUUCCUUCCCUCUAUAUUUCCCCGUUUUCAUUCGUCGCCUGCACGCUUAGUCAUCGCUGCCGAAGCGGGCACCGUAAUAGGAUCCCGCCGUCUACCGACCUUCCGUUUUCGUAACCCGACGAGAGGAGCUACCUGAGGAAACACGCAACGGGGAGAGGGCGUGCUGCUUAUAAUACAGUCACAGUGGCGAAAAGCAAAAGCAAGGAAAAGAAAAGGGAGCGAGAGCAAAGCCGAAAGCAAACACCACCACCGAGUCCGAAAAAACAUGGCUAAGCAAAUCGGCACCGGACGGGCUGGAGGAGAAGACGGACUGAUAACGCAUCAUAUUCAACAUCACCGUCGCUGCAGAUCGCUCAUCAGCAGGACGGUAUUAGUCGUGUUGUGUUUUGCGCUCGCCGCUAAUCAAUACCAGUCGGGAUCGGGGACAGUUGUAGUAGCAGCAGCAGCAGCAAGUACCACCACUCCGCCCGUACAAGUGACCCGCUGGCUGGGGAAGCUAUCCCGCUACGUACAGUUUCGCGGCGGAAAGACACCGUUAACCUGCCAGGGAAUGAUGGAAGGAGGCGGACCACCUUCGGAGAGUACGCUGAUCACGUGGGAAAAGCAAUACUCCCCAUCGGCGUGGAGCGUUCGCUUUCCAACGCCCGCCGAAGUGAUCGACUUUCAUGUGAAGUUUGUAAAAAGUGAAAGCGACAAGAACAGGGAGCAGCUGGAAACGCUGCUGGACGUCCCGUACGGCAGUGGCGAUCGGGACAAGGUCGACAUUUACGGUGAAAAUCUGCCCCCGGAUGCACCGCUGUUUGUGUACGUGCACGGUGGCUACUGGCAGAUGCUGGAGAAGGAAACGUCCGCCUAUCCGGCGAAGCCGCUCGUCGACCGUGGCGUGCGGGUGAUGAUCGUGGGCUACGAGCUGUGCCCGGAGGUAACGCUGGAGGAGCUGGUACGGCAGAUGAAGGCGGCCGGAGAGUUUGUGCUGAACUAUGCCACCGAAAAUGGUGUCCGACACAUCUCGAUCGCGGGCCAUUCGGCUGGUGCUCACCUGAUCGCUAGCAUGCUGGACCGCCCGUUCAUGGAUGCGGUUGGCGAGGAGCUUGCCCUGCUCAAGGAUGUGUAUCUCAUCUCGGGCGUUUACAAUGUGCAGGAGCUACGCUACACGAAGAGUGUGAACAAGGACAAUCUGCUUGGUAUCAAUGAUGGGAAUGCAAAAUCGCUAUCCCCGCUGUACGCUAGCUACGAGCAUCUGCGACCGAUUGUCGAGCAGCAGGGGGAUGGGGCUCUGCGGUUUCACGUGUACGUUGCCGAGCAUGAUAGUGAUGUGUUUCGUGAGAUGGCGGUUAAGAUGAGUGAACUGUUGCGAUCGUACGGGAUGCGGUGCGAUUUGAGCGUGCUGCCCGGGCUCGAUCACUUUGAUAUAGUGGAAAAGCUUGCCUCCGCUGACUACACGAUCACGGCCGCUAUCUUGGCCGGUGUGGCGACGGCUGGGGAGAAGAGUUAGGGGAAAUGGGGGGUAAAUAAUGUGUUAAAACGAUUGUUUUUUUGAAUAAAAUUUAAAUUGCAAUACUCACACCGUUGAUA